AUGUUCUCCUGGAUUUUUAUUCCCUGGCUUCUGCAGAUUCCUACUCUUUUGUGGGCCUAUAGCAGCUCUGAGUGCUAUUUCAGAAUCACAGAAGAAUUUCACCAUGAAGGAGAUGUGGUGAUAGGUGCAUUUUUCCCUCUUCAUACAUUUUACACAGGCAAAACUCUCCCUGAUGACACUAAGCCAAAUUUUUACGUGGACUUUUACCUACAGUAUAAUUUUAAGAACUACCAGUUUGUUCUGGCCCUGGUUUUUGCCAUUGAGGAGAUCAACAGGAACCCCUAUCUUUUACCCAACACAUCUCUAGGAUUUUAUUUUCGUAAUGUACCAUAUGCUGAAAGGGACAUACUUGAGAAUGCCUUUAUUUGGAUAACAGGUAUAAAAGACUACAUUGCUAAUUACAACUGUAGAAAGAAGAGCAAGUCAGCUGCUGUACUUACAGGAACAGCAUUGGCAGCAUCUGCCCAAGUUGGGACACUGAUGCAACUCUACAAAACACCACAGCUUACUUUUGGACCUUUUGAUCCUAUCUUGGAUGACAGAAGACAGUUUUACUCUCUCUACCAGAUGGCCCCAAAGGAUACAUCUAUAUCACUUGCUCUUGUUGCUUUGAUGCUUCAUUUCAAGUGGUCCUGGGUUGGUCUGAUUCUCCCAGAUGACCAUAAAGGGACUCAUAUUGUGUCAGAAUUGAGAAGAGAAUUGGAGAUUAAUAGAAUCUGCAUAGCUUUUGUUAAAAUGAUUCCAGGUACCUGGACUUCACUUUCCAAUAAAUUCUGGAAAAAUCUGGGGGAGAUCCAAAAUUUAUCAGCCAAUGUGAUAAUCAUUUAUGGAGAUACUUAUUCUCUACAAGGUUUAAUGAGAAACAUUGGGCAACUGUUAAUGACAGGGAAAGUGUGGGUCUUGAAUGCUCAGUGGGAUUAUAUCAACCAUGCUGAUUAUUUCCUUUUAGACUCAUUCCACGGCAGUCUUAUUUUUUCACAGCACCUUGGGGAGAGUUUUGAGUUUACAAAUUUUAUCAGAACAGUUAAUCCUUACAAAUACCCAAAAGACAAUUACCUUCCUAAGAUAUGGUUUUUGUUCUUUAAAUGUGCUUUUUCUGAGAUUGAUUGUCAUCUUUUGGAGAACUGUCAUCCCAAUGCUUCUUUGGAUUUAUUGCCUAGACACAUUUUUGACAUUGUAAUGAGUGAAGAGAGCUACAAUAUAUACAAUGCUGUGUAUACUGUGGCCCACAGUCUUCAUAAGAUGAGUCUUCAGCAAGUAGAAAUACAACAAUACACAAAUGGGAAACCACAAAUGGAAUUUUUUCCCUGGCAGCUGCACCCUUUCUUGAGGAAAGUUCAUGCAAACAAUCAUGUGGGAGGACAUCUGGAUGCAGAUUGGAAGCAGAAAUUAGGUCCAGACUAUGAUAUAUUCAAUUUUUGGAAUUUUCCAAAGGGUCUUGGACUAAAGGUGAAAGUAGGAACCUUUUCCUCUAAUGCUCCCCUGGGACAACAGUUAUCUUUAACUGAGCAGAUGAUAAGAUGGCCUAUAAGCUUUACAAAGAUCCCUCAUUCUGUGUGCCUAAAGAGCUGUGGGCCUGGAUUCAGAAAAAUUGCCCUGGAAUACAGGGUUGUCUGCUGUUAUGGUUGUAUUCCUUGCCCAGACAAUGAGAUUUCUAAUGAAACAGAUGUAGAUCAAUGUGUGAAGUGUCCAGAAAGUCAGUAUGCAAAUGCAGAGAAGAAACAAUGCCUGGAGAAAACUGUGAGUUUUCUAGCCCAUGAAGACCCCUUGGGGAUGGCUCUCACCACCACAGCACUGUGUUUGUCUGCACUCACAGCUAUGGUUCUUGGGGUAUUUGUGAAGAACAGAGACACUCCCAUUGUCAAAGCCAAUAAUAGAGCUCUCAGUUACACCUUGCUCAUCACACUCACCAUCUGUUUCCUCUGUUCCUUGCUCUUCAUUGGCCGUCCCAACACAGCCACAUGCAUCCUUCAGCAGACCAUAUUUGGAGUUGCAUUCACUGUAGCUCUCUCUACUGUGUUAGCUAAAGCAAUUACAGUGGUUAUUGCCUUCAAGAUCACUUUUCCAGGGAGAAUGGUGAGGUGGCUAAUGAUAUCAAAAGCUCCAAACUUAAUCAUUCCCAUCUGUACCCUGAUUCAACUCGUUAUUUGUGGAAUGUGGAUGGCAAUCUCUCCUCCCUUCAUUGACCAAGAUGCUUAUGCUGAACAUGGACACAUCAUCAUUUUAUGCAACAAGGGCUCAGCAGUUGCCUUCCACUGUGUCCUUGGAUACCUCUGCUCCUUGGCACUUGGAAGCUACACCAUGGCCUUCUUGUCCAGGAAUCUACCUGACACAUUCAAUGAAGCCAAGUUCCUGUCAUUCAGCAUGCAGGUGUUCUUCUGUGUCUGGGUCACCUUUCUACCUGUAUACCACAGCACCAAGGGGAAGGACAUGGUGGCAAUGGAAGUUUUCUCAAUCUUGGCUUCCAGUGCAGCUCUCCUUGGCUUGAUCUUUGCCCCCAAGUGCUACAUUAUUUUGUUAAGGCCAGAUAGAAACUCUCUUAAUCUCAUCAAGCACAAAACACAUUCUCAAAGAAAUAAGCAUCUUAGACAUUAG